CACAAUCUUUCAGUCUUCUUUGGUGAGUCGGAAGGCGAGCUGUUUUUACGAUUGCUACCGUCGCUUCACCAACCGUUAUUCCGAGUAAUUUCUUCUUUUUCGGCAAUCAUUGUGGUGUAUAUUUUUAAGUUUUGUUUUUCCGUGCUAUGCAGAUGAUACAAAUGUUACGUUUUGUCGUUCAAAAAAAUCGUACUCAUCGACUGGUGUGAGUAGAAAAAAAAGACGUCAAGCAACGGAGGAAUAUGAUUGCCAGAGCAAGAGGCACCGAAUCGUGAGAAGAAAAGAGAGCUACAGGAGAAAGUACUGCCUCGGCGGAUGUAUGUGUGUGUGCGUGCGUACGCGUUCGCGAAAGGAUCGUAAUUUUGUUUCCUGUUAAUUUUGCAAAUUUUGUGCAAAACCACUAGCGGAAAUAUCGCCGCCCUGUUCCACGGGUUGUGAGGGCAAGUUCCUGGAAAUUGGCAGUUGAAAACGGAUAGGGAAUCACACGCAGCGGUGAGGCGGUGUGCGUCACAUUCAUCGCUCGGAGCUCCCGUCGCUAAUUGCUCGAUUUUUGCUGCUAAUUGUGUAUGUGGUGAAGUGAUCUCAGCAGCAGAACAUAGCUAAGAGCGAGAAGAACUUAUAAGGGUUUCGGUGUAAAGCUAUGACAGAGAAAGGGACAUCAGCAGUGGACAUUCAUCGAAUAGCAACGCCUUCCCGACUACUCAAAGUGCAGUUUUCUUAGGGAAACUUUUUCGGAAGAAACAACGACUGCGAUAAGAGUGUUACCGUGAUUCGUAGUGUCGGAAUCGUUAACGUUAACAAAAAGUGCUGUGGUAAAAAAAAAUGUACAAGCAAUAAAUUUUUAAUGAUCAAUUUGCGGAAAUUCGUGGAAUUGAUUGCUUUUCAAAGACACACCAACACUCGUACUCAAGGUUUUUUUUAUGCUGUCGCAGAAUGAGAUAAAAAGAAAAAAAUCCAGUGCUCUUCAUUGAUGUAUAAGUGCCGCAACAGCAAGUGAGAAUCGAUCAAAUAGGGCGGUAUUCAUCGAUUUUUGUUAUGCUGGUUUCCCUCAAGUGUAUAAAAAAUACUCACCGGAUGUUCGUGUGUGUUGGUGCUUGUAACGUAGCCGACGCGUUUUGUGUUUAUGGUAGUUUCAUUGAUUGACAUCAUCAUCGCGGAAGCGAAGAGUACAUCUGUUGUUUUUGUUGUUAAUGGCAAGUGACACAUCGCAACGGACACCGUUUUUGAUACGAGAAUGAAAACUAGUGUGCGCUUUUGGUCGAAAGGAAAGUGGUCCAGCGCGGAAGCGUUAUCGAGCAAGGUCUGUUUACGUGGGAGCAGAUGAGUGUGCAACAUUGAUGGUAGAAUCAGCAAGUUGGAAAUUACACCUCUUCAGGCGUCAUCGUGUAUCCACCGUAAGCGGAGGUUCCCGUUGGGAUUUAAUGGUGAAAGAAUUCAGUCAUCCGUUCAAUUGAUUCCCGAGGGAGAGAGGAAUAUUUUGGAUAUCGUCGAUUUUGUGCGCUGCUCAUUAUAACUGGAAUUGGUUAAAAGCCAAAUUUACUGGAAAAAGCCAGCCCCUGUUAAAGGGGUACAAAGCGCAGUUGGACGACAAUGGGGAAGCUACUAUCGAAAAUAUUCGGCAACAAGGAGAUGAGAAUAUUGAUGCUCGGAUUGGAUGCCGCUGGAAAAACUACUAUUUUAUAUAAGUUAAAAUUAGGCCAAUCGGUGACCACUAUUCCGACAGUCGGUUUCAACGUCGAAACCGUAACGUACAAGAACGUCAAAUUCAACGUGUGGGACGUAGGCGGACAGGAUAAAAUAAGACCUCUGUGGAGGCACUAUUACACAGGUACCCAAGGACUCAUAUUCGUAGUGGAUUGUGCGGAUCGGGAUCGAAUAGACGAGGCGCGGCAAGAACUGCACAGGAUAAUUAAUGAUCGAGAGAUGCGGGACGCCAUCAUACUGAUAUUCGCAAAUAAGCAAGAUUUGCCAGAAGCAAUGAAACCUCACGAGAUCCAGGAGAAGCUAGGCCUGACGCGGAUACGCGACCGCAACUGGUACGUCCAGCCCUCGUGUGCGACGACGGGCGACGGUCUGUACGAAGGUUUAACGUGGCUCACAUCCAACCACAAGUUAUGAGAGUAAUUGUUGUGCAACUAUGUUUAAAAAAUUAAACGUCCCCGAAGUUGUCAGAUAGUGAAUUUCACGGGACAGUCGUGAGCGAGAAAGAGAGAAAGAGCGAGAUAAACAAUGAAAAACAAAAACCCUAGCAAAGGAGUGAUCGAGUGGAGUGUGAUGUUGCCAAUCCUAUUCCUACGAAAAAAGCACGCAUCCCGCGUUCCCCCCGUCAUCAAUAAUUACUAGCUACUAUUACUAACUCCUACUAUUAUGGGUACACUAUUAUAAUUCAUUCUAUUCGUUUGUACACAUUGUCAUAUAAGAAUCAAAAAAACAUCUUUUCGCCUCUCUAGGAUGGGUAGAGAGGGAAUAGGAGAGUAGUCGUUAUUGUCGUGAUUAAUCUGAAUGCGUAGAAAGCAAAGGCUCGAACAAAAAAACAAAAUGAAAAGAUCUUCAAUCAGCGAAAUGUUAUCAGCGCAAGUUCAUCAACAGAGAGCUAAUAACAUUGAUAAGAAUGUUAUGGGCUGGGUACAUCAAGGACACUUCUGAUAUGUGUUAGUAAUUCAUCAUACAAUUCAUAAUCAUUAUAUCGCUUCUGACCACUAUUGUUAUAGGCGCAACUGAUUGAAAGCUGAUUGACAGUUAUGAAUAGAAAUUAUCCACACGCAAAGAAAGAAGAGAGUUCACCUAUUGUUGUUCUACCCCAAAUAUCCAUGCCUGUUCCAGUUCACUACAGCAGAUAGUAGCUAAUAUUUAUUAUCUUUUAGUGUCAAAUAUGCGAAGGCACGCAAAGAAAUCUCUGCGCAAUAAAAAAAUACAUUUUUCAGAAAAUGUUAAAUUUGUUCGGCAUAACAGAUUACCAAUAAUGAUGGACACACCAAAAAAGAAUCAUCGAGAGAUACUGCUGGAUAACGGUGAUCUUAAGGUUCCGGUCAAUCCAAGUUGAAAAAGUAAUCGGAGCUUCGAAGCGAUAGUGUGUUAUGACUGCGGAAAUGAAGAGCGAGGAAGUGAAGAACUAAUACCGAGUCUAUCGAGCGAACAGAGCCCUCACGGGAGAUCGAUAGGAUAGGGUCGAAUAAGGGACACUUUUUAUUUGUAUAUAUGAGAGAGGAUAAUUAACCCAAUUGAUUGCAACCCAAGGCUUGAGAGAAUAAACACACGUAAUAGUGUGAAAUUAUAUUAUUUUUAAGCAAUUGCGUGAGUGACGACGUGCGAAAUAAAUUAGUACGCAAAACAAAAACAAAAAAUCGAGAAUCAUUCAAAAAAGUUGUUGUAAAUAUUAUAAAUUGCAAAAUAAUACAAAAAGAAACAAUAUUAAGGCCACAACAAACAAAUAGGGAAUAUCAAUGAAAUGAUGAAACCUCCCGUACUAUGUUAAGGAAAAAAGGCAAACAUCCAUAGAUAUACAUGACCUAUGAAAUAAACACACACACACAAUAACAGUAGCAAUGAAAGCAGUCUCACACAAUUGAACUACAAUUACACGGCGCGUUAAGAAAAUCGCAAAUUAACGAAUAAACUAUGUGAAAAUGAAACAAGACGAUUGCAUCCAUCCCCCCUCAAAGCGUACACGCAUGUUUGUGUGCACGUGUGAUCGUUUGUUUGUGUGCGUCACAAGCGAGUUCAAAUUGCGCUUGAUUAGCGUAUCGUGUUUUAUUGGUAUUAAACAGGAGAUCAAAAACUUUGUGGCGCCUUAUUUAUGUUAUGAAAUCGAUUGCCUCACGUUCAUACGAUCUUUUAUUCGUUCGUUUGCGCUCUUGUCAUUCAUCGUUCAGGUUUAUUUCUAUUGCUAUUUAUGUGCGCAUACGGAAACCAUUUUCCUUAUCACUGUCGUGUACUAGUUGUUUAUAUUAUUUCAAAUUGAGAAAAGCUUACUAUAACCAGAGCGUCGUGGUCUGCCUGGAACGGUUUGCGGAGGUAAUGGCAGGAAAUGUAUAAAAGGAAAGCCAAGAAAUCCAAGUGAAGUGAACGCAACAGAACGCAAGAAUUGAGACACCGUGAAAAAUAUAUUAUAAGGGAUAUAUUUUAGCAUUUAUAGCGAACAGGAAAAAAACAAGUGAAAACAACAGAUUAAAUAAAACUAGAAAUCUACAUCUCAAAGCAUGAA